GCAGUUGAACCGGAAAACUUCUCGACAAACCUCCGUCUCAAUACAAGUCAUGCCUCUAUGGAUAUCAAUCUAAUUGCAAAUUUUAAUAAAGACAAAGGACAAGUUGCUGUGGCCUUCAUGAGCUACACUGGCAUGGCAAACUUAUUAGAACAUACCUUCACCAAAACAUUUACAGACACAAAGAAAACCAUUAUAUCCAUGGUGGUGUCAGCAACACUUCCCAAAUCCAAUGACACCAACACACCUGAACCUGUCAACUUCACCCUGAAGCACAUCAGAGAGGUGGCACCUGACCAUAUUCUCUCCUGUGUAUACUGGGAGGAAAACAGAUGGGUUUCAGAAGGCUGUAGUAUCACAGAGACCAAUAGCAGUCACACUGUGUGCAGAUGUAAUCGCUUAGGGACCUUUGCUAUCAUCGUGCAGUCUGAUCCAUGCGAGAAUUAUUUGUCAAGAUCAUGCACACUGGGGUUCCUGCAUCAAAUUCCUUUUGAAAUUCAUCCAGAAUUACCACAAGAGGUAAGAGAUGUUUGCUGUUAUUUCCUUGAUUAUAAAUAUCGGGCCCUUUUUGGAGCACAUGGUAAUUUAAUUUAGAUAUGGAUUCAUGGAUGUCUCUCCACCCGUCGGACAGAUGGUGAAAAAAUAUUUGAACGUCGUAAUGAAUCUCACGACUCGUAUGACAGACAGUGAUUUUGAUCAAUUUUUUUUUGCAUCCUAUGGAGAUGCUGUAUUGAAUGUAACUGAGCAACUGGUGUCUACACUGGUGAGAAAAACAAAUCCUUCCAUCAGCUUGUCUCUCCAAG